CCCACUACUACCCACGCGCUGGCGCCUCGAUGUGUCGGCUGAAAGGCGCGGUCCGCUAACCGUAGUGCGUCGCGUGAUUGGAUGAGCCCACUUCGUCUUGCACUUGACAGGUCACCUACAGCGAUAUCUCUACGAUUCGAUAGAUAGCCGUCACUUCUAUACACUGAGUCGCAACCAGCAGGCUUGCGAGCUUUGCCCCCGGCGCCUCGGCUGUACUCCCUCCGUUUCAUCCUGUACUCGCAGGCGGGAUGACCACCGUUGACGAGCAGACAAAGCUGCUUGACCAGUUACAAAACGAAGUGAACCGUGUUCUCGAGCAAACGGGACGACUAUUUGCCGCUGCCAAUACUGAGGGACGGUCGGCGGCCGCGGCACAUGCUGUGCGUCUAAAGCGUGAACUGCCCGGUUAUAUUAACCGUUACCAUGAUGCCCUAGAUCAACUGGACGAGCAGCUGCAACUGGCACGUACUGUUAUGCGUCGAGACUUGGCUCGUUGCCGAGACAGCAGCGGAGAGCAUUUCUUAAAGCCGUCAGUCAAUACUGCCGCAGAACCUCGAGGUUCUGAUAGAGGCAGAGCCGACACGGAAGCAACGAACGGGACAUCACAUGUUGAUGCAACAGAAAUUCCAGAUGCUCACAUGAGCGAUGCCGCGCUCGAUCAAGCCGAAACGGUGGAGCAGCCGGAGGCCGAACCUGCCAAUCCAAGCGAGGGGUCAAUUGAGCAAGACACCGAAGCUGCCAGGUCUCUCGAAGAGUCGAUGAAGCGGGCCGCUACCAUCAGUACUAACGUGCAGCAAGCGCCGCCGGCGUCUUACGAUGGCAUUGCAGAUAGUCAUUCGAUGAGCGAAGUUCCAACGGAAGGAGACAAGCCAGCCGACAACGUAUUUGAGCUUGACACUACCGCGCCAGAUGUCCAAGCAAGCAGCGAUGCGACUGAUGAGAUUGCUCCAGACACGGCAAACAUAAGCGACACUCGCGACCUCGACUCACUCUUCAAUGAUUCGGCAUCAGCAGGACCUGCCACGGGUGACUUCGACAUGGGCACUAACGACGCCGCUGAGUUCGACUUUAGCACAUUCAAUGCUAGUCUGGACGGCAAUACCGCUGACAACGAUGAUAGCAUAUCGUCGCUUCUGCCAGGCUUGCAGGAUUAUGCCAAUACGCAGCCUAACACGAGUGACGCUGAUCUCGAUGCGCUGUUUACCUCUGCGCCGUCUGCAUCAGGUCUUGACGGCCCGCAGCAUGAUACCACGUUUGACGAUAUCAUGGACUUUAGCAAUUUCAAUGCCGAUGAUCUACCGGCCAGCGGAGAGGGCCAGGCGAGGACGCAGGAUGAUUUAAACUUCGAUCUAGACUUCACAUAGAUUGCGAAAGUACACACAGCACUGUCACGGAGUCUCCCUUUGACCAAGUAGCCAGAAUCUAGGUAACGCAGGCACGAGGUACAACCCCAACAAACCCCAAUAACCUCAAUCCCCACCCCUCAUAUUCCAGACC